CCACCGCUGUGGCAACUAACAGUUUUUCAGUGGAGGGGGGGGGGGACAGACUCAGCUCCCGUGCUGCAAAUUUUCAUCUUCUUCAGUCAUAAUGCUGGGGCAGCUCAGAAUGCUGUGACUUCUAUGUGAAAGGAGAGUAAUUUGUACAUUUUAGAGUUUAAGGGCCACAGACAGCUGGGUUAACCCCUUCAGACAGACAACGGCUGCUUGCAGAACGGCUCUGAGGAAGCGUUUCUGGAAGGUGGAGUUGUGACAACAAAAAGGAAAGACAUCUGUGUUUUUUAGAAGGUGCAUGGCAGCCAUUGCAGUGAAGAUGCUGCCCUUGACCCAGUUGGUGUUGGUCAGUCUCAGUAUGGUGCAGGCUGUGGCAAGUUGCCCUGAUGUCUGCAAAUGCUCACAGAAGCCUGGCCCAGAAAAGUCAGAAGUCAACUGUCAUAAAAAGGGGCUCCGUGCCUUUCCCUCCCAUCUGCCUCCUGACGCUUGGAUCCUCAAACUAGGUGAAAACGGCAUCACAGAAAUAAAAGCAAAUUCAUUAAGAUCAGUUCCCAUGAUUGAGAGCAUCAACCUGGAACGAAAUGCAAUCAAAUCUAUCCAUCCCAAAGCAUUUUCUGGUGCUAAGCGACUGAUGCUGCUCAAUCUUUAUGGCAACCAUAUCACAGUCCUCCCUUCAAGGGGGUUUCAGGACCUCCUGAACCUUCGCUUUCUGAUGUUAGGCCAGAACCAGAUCGGCAUUCUCAAAGCUGAGAUUUUUGCUGGCAUGAGGAACCUCUCGGAUCUUGACCUAUCUCUUAAUGCACUGACAGUGCUUCCAUCUAACGCCUUUAAACCUCUGAUUGCAUUAAAGGUUUUGGAUCUUUCUCUGAAUCGUAUCCAAAGGAUCUCUCCCAAGGCUUUCACUGGACUUAGACAGCUCUUGUUCCUCAACUUGGACAAUAACAGUCUGAAAACGGUCCCGUCUGGAGCAUUCAGGCCGCUGCGAUCGCUGGAGAUGCUGGUUCUGGAUAACAACCUGCUGUCAACACUGAGUGUGUCAGCUUUGGAUGGCCUUAAUAACCUGCAGGAACUCUACCUGAGGAACAACGAGCUGGAGCAGCUGCCAUCUGGUGUGUUCAGCAACAUGCCCAAGCUUUCCCAGCUUGGACUAAGUGGAAAUCGCCUGAAGACGGUAGAUGCAAACAUGUUCAGCCAUAUGCCAGAGCUGAAGAAGCUGUACCUGCAUGACAAUCCAUGGCAGUGUGACUGUAACAUCAUCUCCUUGGUGAGGUGGAUAGGACAGACCAAGAGCACCUUGUCACCCCGGGAUACCUUGAAAUGUGUGAGCCCACCACAGCUGAAGAACAAGAGGCUCAGCAGCCUGCAACCAGGGAUGCUGCAGUGUCACGCCUAACGUCAGGAAACACACCCGAGUUCCGGCUCUGAUCUGAGGAGAUAUUGAAUUAUUUACUCAAAACUAAUUUACUUCUUAGUUUUUCCGCCUGUUGCUAAGCUAGGAUGUAUGAAAUGUACACUGCACAAAAAAAAUAAAGGGAACACUAAAAUAACACA